GUCUCGGAUGGAUAUUAACAUGAAAAAAAGCACGACAAACUCGUUUAGAGAGACGUCAUUUCCGCUGAUUGCCGCGUGACGACGGGAAUAAACCGGAAGUUGUGGAAUGUGAUGUAGCUGAAGAUGAGCAGCUGUUUGGCGAGAACUCGGACUGUAAAGAUGGGAGUUCAUGAUUUACAACAUCUGUGAAGAGACCAUAUUCAAGGAGCAGGAUUCUGGUAAAUAAUACUUAGAAUGGCAGAACAAGACCAGACUGAAGUACUUGGAGAGAAACUAUACAGUGUGAUUUAUCCAAAACAUCCGUCAAUGGCUGGAAAACUGACAGGUAUGCUUUUGGAACUUCCUACUACACUGGUGCAGCAGAUGAUCCAGGAUGAGAACAUUUUGCUUGCAGGUCUUGAGAAAGCACUGGGUGCACUUCACAUGCCAGCUUCAAUUAGCAUAGCUGAUCCUGAAUAUGAAGAUGAUUGUUUUGAAUCCAGAGACCUGCUUGGUGAAAAAUUGUAUGGUCUUGUUGAUGGGUACAACACGGGCUACAGUGAGAAAAUAACAGGAAUGCUUUUGGAACAGAAGAAAGAAGAAGUGAAAAAGCUCAUACUUGAUCCCAGAUUACUGCAAGACAAAGUGCAAAUUGCCCUGACGGCCCUUGAAGAGGGAACAGCAGAAUGUCUCUCAUCAAAGACAGAAGUGAAAGAAAGUCUGGGAGAAAAGCUCUUUGCACUGAUAAAGGAUAUAGAUUCUGUGAAUUGCGCUAGUAUUACAGGUAUGUUGCUAGAAAUGGAACCUACUGCUCUACAGAGGCUGCAGCAGGACAGGAUGGCCCUCAAAUCAGCUGUUCAGAAAGCUCAAGCUGCUCUACUCCUUAACUGCUCAUCACACUCUGGUGACUCAGUUCAUAUCGAUGAGGAAAAAAACAUUGACAGCGAGAUGGAAAAGCUUGGUGAAGCGCUGUAUGCCUAUGUCAUUAACACAGAGUUUGAAAAAUAUGCUGAGAAAAUAACAGGUAUGUUGCUGGAACUGCCAAAACCCGACAUAAUAAGCCUUUUAAAUUCCCCAGAAACCCUGCAAGAAAAGCUUCAGGAAGCUGCCGCAGUGCUUCAGGGUUGUGAGUGGGGUUGAUUUUUAAAUAAAUAUUUUCUUUUAAAAAGACUAUUUUUUGAUAACGCUAGGCAAGACAUUGUUUUCUUUUUUUCAGUCUUGUGCCAUGCUGAUAUUAUGUCACUUGUAAAGAGUAAGCAAGUCCUAGAAGUGCAAAAUCCUGAUCAAAUGGACUUGUACACAUUGCAGUUUUGCUUCCAGAUGGAUCACAUGCACUUUAAACUCUUCAAAUAGACGCAAGAUUUAUUGGAAACAGAAACUGGAAAAAGAAAUCCUAGCAAUGAUUCUAAAUUCUCGGGACCUACAACAGUAUAUUAACGUGUGACAUGUUUUAGCAGCAAGCAGACUGUAAAGACUAAUAUACAAUGUCUUGCAAAAGUCAGUCCCCUAUACGUUCAUAGCCAUUCCCUGGAUUUAACACACACAUACAGUAUUCCUCCAGUGAGUAUUUUACUGACUACCAAACACUUAGGUUGUUAAUUAAAAUAUUUACUGGAGGAAAAGGGGUGUGUGUAUCGUUUGAAAUCCAGAAUGGUGAUAAUGAAAUUUCAAAGAGAUUGAAUACUUUCACAGGACACUAUAUCUGUCAAAAAGUACUAGUCUUGUAAGACAAAAUCAAAGGAGAAAGAUUUUAGUUUAUUGUGCAAUAAAGUUUUAGCAACAUGGGUGCUUAUUAUACAGUAUUUUAGUUUUAUAAAAUGCAGAUAUUCAGAUAUUCCUUCAGUUCUUGUCAACACUUGUCCAACUCAUCAAAUUGUUACAAUAAAUGAAGAAAAGAAAGAACAUAAGUGAAUUUCUCAAUCCUUGAAACAUUA